CCCAUCUGGCCACACUGAAGCACUUGCAUAAAAUAAAAAUAAAGAACAAUUGCAUUUAGAAUGGAUUAUGUGCACUCUGUUUGGAGCUACUUCGCCUCGAUCUGCAACUGCUGGCAAUGCACCGAGGACACGGGUGCCCAGCCCAACGAGCCGAACGAGAGGACACACCUUUUGGUGGACCCCGUGAACCAUAGUCCUGCCCUUCGGAGGAGCAAUUCCGAUGGCCUCAGCAACGACUACGCCCACUCCCUUCCCAAGAAGGACGACCAGAAUGCCCUCUCCAGAUUGGUCCAGAAUACUGCGAUAAACAUGAUAAACGUCGGGGCCAUGGACUGCCAUAGUUUGGAGCACCAGGAGUACGCCGACAGAAUCAGAUUGUAUUCGCAGCGCUUGCAUCAGCAGUGGAACAACGUUCAGCACCCCAGUAUCUCUCUAAAAGGUCUUCUAAAAGAUGUUCCAAGCCAUCAGUUCUAUCUGUCUAAGCCCAUUUCGCCUGAGGACACUGCUCAAAUGAAGCUCUUUACUGAGAAGGCACACAUCAGUGUUUCGCACAUACAAAUCGACCACAAAGAGGCAGUGGUUGUGCCCUUCCGGAUUCCCUGAUUGUCUUAUCAUAAGUGAAAUAAAGUGAUAAAUUUAUAUAAAAUCAAAAUCUAUAUUGGUACUAAGUAACCCUUGAAUAAUCAGGUAAUCGACUUAUUUUUAUUAAGUGUACAGAAACAGAAAUAAAUACAAUCUAUAUUCUUAA